UUUUGUUUGAAAUUUUUUCUUAAAGUUUGAGGUGCUCCCAUCAUAUGUAUCUAUAUAUAAUCUACACAACAGUGACAAAUGCAUAUCACCUUUUGUAUACCAUUCUCUUACUGUUUUUCAUAUAUAAAAAGAAAAGUAUAACAAAAAAAUGGCUCCGAUAGGGCUCACCGAUGUGGCUAUUACAGAUUUCGUAGUAAACCAACGUCACGGAGUAAAAGGUCUCGUCGAAGUUAUAUCUCCAAAGACAUUGCCUUCAUGUUACAUCCAACUCCCAGAAAAACGAGUCACCACUGAAAAACUCAUCAUGGAGGCCCCAACAACCGGCAAAGGUGCGUUGUCAGCACCUGUGAUUCCGGUCAUCGACGUUUCUGAUUGGAAAAACCCCACUGUUGCGGAGGAGAUCUGCGAGGCCGCUGCGACAUUAGGGUUUUUCCAGAUAGUGAACCAUGGAGUUUCGGUGGAUGAGCAAAACGAACUGAGAGCUGCUGGUCGUGGGUUUUUCGAUUUGCCGACGGAAGAGAAGAAACGUUAUUGGGAGGGAAGUUCAGUAUCGGAGACCGCUUGGUACAUGACAAGUUUCAAUCCCUACAAGGAGGCCAAGUUGGAGUGGAGAGACUAUCUCAAGUUUGAGUAUCUUUCCGACCAAGUGGACUUUUCUGCCACGUGGCCUACUGUAUGCAGGGACGAGGUUGUAAAUCAUUCCAAUAGGAUGAAGCCGAUAGGUAGGAAGAUUCUUGAAAUACUAAUGAACAAUCUAAACACAAGGAUGGAAGAACAAGAUCUAAUGGGAACUUUGAGGAUGAACGUCAACUACUAUCCCGAGUGUCCCGACCCGAAACUUACCGUAGGAACCGGUCACCACUGCGACAUCAACACCCUCACACUUCUUCUCCAGGACGACAUAUUAGGCAGCCUGUAUGCUCGAUACGGUGACAAGUGGCUCCAUAUCCCUCCAGUUAUGGGAGCCAUUGUGGUUAACAUUGGAGACAUGUUACAGAUUUUGAGCAACGAUCGGUACAAGAGCGUUGAACAUCUGGUGAUGACUAGUCGGUUUCUUAGCCGGAUUUCUUUCGCGUAUUAUUGCGGGCCGAGUUAUGACUCUGUUAUCGAACCGUUACGUGAGGUGCUAGAGAAUGGUGAGAAACCAUUGUACAAGGCCACGAUGUAUAAGGAUUACAUGAAAUAUUACUUUGCAAGGCCGCAUACGGGUAGCAAAACUAUCGAAUCAAUCAAGCUUCCAUGAAAAAACAAGAUGGACAAGAAAAAGAAAAAGUGACUUUAUGAUGAAGUGGUACAAGACAUUGACUUUGGAGGAACACCCUGUAGGGUGAGGAAGCCUAAGGUUAAGUCGAAAUCCAUGUCAACUUUCAGUUUCUUUUUUUUUUUUUGGUGAAAAACUUUCAGUUUCUUCUUUUUUUAAUUGGUAUUUUUUCGGCAAAUAACGGAAUGAUGCUCUGUUCCCGUGCUUUGUCGGGUCAGAGUAUAUCACUUCACUUUAAAGAAUGCAUAUUUGCUUCCAAGUUUGUAGUUUUGUACUAGUUGAAAUGCAUUACAAUUUAAGAAUAAAAGUAAAAUAAAGAAAAAGUAGAUUGUUAUUA